AUGCCAGACAGGUGAGAAGCGGAAAAUCCCAAAAACACUGAAUGAAUAAGCUAAAGUUUCACAUGAAAGCGCUGGAGCUGAGGCUGCAGCGGGUGCGGCGGGACUGUAUUUCGCAUGAACUUGGCUCAAAUCACAAGCCAGCGUGCUGGAGAAUCACAUGCGAUGGGAAGCACAACGGGCGCUGGAGCAACGGCAGCUGGAGAUGGAUGGUAAUGGACGCGAGCACUACAGCUUCAACAGAGAAAUCCAAAGUCAAAAAGUAGCCACGAAGUGGAGCAGGUUUUUACGCGUGACCAACAAAAUUUCGCGCAUAAUUAACUGAUAUGCGCGACGCGGAUAACUUUUUUUACGAUUUUCAAAAAUUCUCGGAAAACACACAUGGGUAAUUGUGAUUGUGGCCAAAGCAAGAGCGAGGGGCGUAAAAUAAAAGAGCAAAAAAGUGCAAAAAUACAAAAACCAAUUGGGAGUAAAUAAUGCGCGUAAAACCCCAAGCACAAAUUGGCGGCGGUGCUGCGCAAUGCGAGUGAGAGCGAGUGUGAGCGAGCGCGCGAAAAAGCACCGUCAGCGUGGAGCCAAAUGUGGCGCUUAUCAGCUUGCUGUGGCGAAGGCGAGAGAGCCUACGAGCGUAAUGCGAAGCUUUUACGGUUUCUGAUGAAAUUCAAUGGAAACGCAAAUGGGCUGAGAGCGCUGGUAUAAAAGCGACCGCACUGCUGUUUCUGAGCAUUCAUUGUGAAAUUACAAAUCAAAAUUGAAGCAAGUCAAAAGAGCGCUUGAACGGAAUAAAUUGCAUACGCGGAUUUACUAUACACAGACAAGUGAAAGCAAAGCAAAUAAGAAUUUCAUAACAAAUCGUGUGUGAAAGCAAAAACAACAAACAAACAUUUUUACAAAAAAAAAAAAGAAAUUUGCAGUGAAAAGCAAAAACAAAAGUGAUAACACACCCCAACAAAUACACAAAACAAAAGAGGGUCAAGAACUUAUACAAGAUAAAGCAAAAAAGCAAAAACAAAGCAAGUGCUUAAGAACACUAACAACAAGAAAGAACUCAAGAACUCAACAAGUGUCUUACAAAGUGCAGACGUUGUCAAAGUCAAAGCAAAUCGUGUGCGUCUACCAAACGCAAACGUUAAACAACUACAACAACAAACAAGUGAAGUCGCCAGCGACAACUUCAACCACCCGAAGCGCCCAUAAAAGCGUGAAAAUUCCGCCAUACGCACAACAACACAUCUACCCUUCAUACAACAUGGUUGUGGACGCAUCGCAUAUACAACAUUUCAAUAACAACCAAGUCAUGAGUAGCAUCAGCUUGGAACAGCAGCUGGAGAGUCUCAGCGAAAAGAAACAGCAGAACAAAUCAAUGGAUUACUCGAAAAUCGGACGCACUGUCAAAUCGGCGCUGCUGAAGGCACAAGCCGAAUCGCGUGUCAUUGUGGGACUUAGCGCCGCCAUACAAGUGCUCUCCAAGUCACCGGAGGGUUCACUCUUCUGUCUGAUGGCCAUGCCACAAGUCGGUGACUCCGCCACACAUAUGCACGAAGUGCUGUUGGAAGCCUUCUGCUAUGAGAACGACAUCUAUGUGAUCAAGGUGGAUUGCCCGAGCAAAUUGAGCCGCAUUCUGGGCAAAACUGUGCUGGAAUCUUGCUGUCUGGUGCAGAAGACCUGGACUGGCGCCGAAGAGUCCGGUGAGGAGCAACUCAACAAGCAAGAGGAGAUGUUAGUCGAUUACUGCGAGGCAUACUGGGAUGCACCACAACAUCCCAUUGUUGAAUUGCCAGUCGUGUGAAUGCGUGGACGUACAGUGUCAUAAAACAUAUUUUUAAACGGAGAAGUAUACUUCUCUUAUGGUGAAAUUUUGAGGAAAUACAAAAUUCAAUUUUGGCUUAAACUCGAGCGUGAAAAGCUGUCUGGAACACAACGCCGACAUUGCUACGUUCGAGGAAAGAAAGAGUGAUGGAGAAACCGAAAAACAAAAACGAAAAUUUCAAAACUGGAUUGUUGCGACAGACGAAACGAAGAUGUUUGAGGAAUGCGGGCGCCGCGCCGUCGCAUGUAUAACCUGUAUAAUAACGAUAAUACAAACAAAGCAUGCUAUGCGCGCAAUCCGCCUGGCCUGUGGCAUUCCAGUCAUAUUAACGAAAUAAGUAAAAUAAAAGUAUUAGAAAUUAAUGCCAAUUAAUUUCGAAAACACAACAACGACACACACUGUACGCCCCCAGCAGCUGGCAACAACUGCAGCAGCUCUAAUAACAACAACACUAGCGUCUUAAAAAACAAAGCCGUCAGCAGCCUCCAGUGACCUUGUCGCCGCCAACGCCGCCGCCGCCAACAAUGCAACGCCGACACGCACCUAUGCUCCGCUCAAUGUGUGCGUUGCGUGCGUGUCCGGCGCGUGCUUUGAGGAAGUCAGAUUAAGAUCAGCUGUCACAACAACAACACCAUCAGCAGCAACUGCAGCAUUGGCGUCAACUAAACGGCAACGGCUUUGUUGCUAAUUAUAUUUUAUAGUCUUAAUAAAACAAACUGUAGCUCAAGUAAGAUUAGCGCAAAAACAAAAACAACAAAAAUAUCUAUUAUAACACUUGAUAGGUUAUUAAUUGAAAUAGCAAAAAAUAUGAGCGCAAAAAAAAACAUUUUGUAUUAUGCAAACUCAUAAUUUACAGUGCGCGCAAAAAGUACUUAAAACACAAAAACAAAAAAAAGUUUCAUAAAAUGAAAGAUGUUGACCUUAACGCAACAAAGCAAGCUAGAUACACUGUAACUGAGUAAUUGUUUUAGAUUAUUUCAAGCAGUCAGUUGAGUCUGAAGAAAAUUGUUUGUAAAAUUUUGUUAAAUGUUAGUUAGCAAUUGCAUUAGUAACAAUUUAUGUUUUAUACUAAAAUAAUUGGUUAGUUUGUCACAUAACACAUUUCAAAUGUUUGUUAAUUAUUUGUUAUGCUAGCUUUUUGUUGCAUGCUAUAAAUGAUUUGGGUUAGUUUUUUAAUACCGAUACAUAUGUUUAAAGAAUGUAUUAAUGUGCCCAAAGCAAACAAUUGUAAUUAACUUUAAGUUAAACAAAAAAAGAAAAGAAAAGCAAAAAAAUGCAAAACAAAAAUGAAGAAUAGCAAAUUUAUCGCAUGAGAAAAUAUUAAUAAAACAAUUUUUAAUAUAAAAAAUA